AUGCAAUUUGAUGAAAAUGGAAAAGCUGUUAAACAAUACAUUGGAGAAGGUGAAAAUGGUCCAAUUAAUUCAUACCGUUAUAAUCCAUAUUCUUAUUUCAAUGAAGAAUUAAAUGCUAUUGAAGAGGGACCGGAUGGAUUACCACGAUAUUCUAACCAGUUUGAUGGUCAAUAUGCAAAUAUUAGACCUGAAAUUUCAGCUAAGAAAUUCUUUAAAGUUGCUUUAUUCGAUCCAGUUUUCGCAAAUGUUAAAGAUGAACUUAAACAGCAAUUCCAACCAAUUAUAGUAGCAAGAAUUGCAUCAGGUGCUUUAUCUCAAGCAUUCAAAGAUUUAAUUAAGAAACCAUUAUAUCAGCAACGAGGUUUAACUUAUGAUUUAGUUAAGGAAUCAGAUAAAAGAAAAUUUGAGAAAUCAGAUGAUUAUAAGAAUGCAAUUAAUGAAUAUAUUAGGUCUAUUAAUUACAAUGAACCAGCUAAAAAUCAACUUCAAGAACAAAUACAGGGAAUAAUAGAUUCAAAACUUCCAGCAAAAUAA